AUGCUGAGCCGCCUGGGCGCGCUGCUGCAGCAGGCGGUGGAGGCGCGGGAGCCCAGCGUGGACCUGCUGGAGGCCUUCGUGGAGCACUGGAAGGGCAUCACCGGCUACUACUUGGAGACCACGGACGAGAGCACCCCGGCCAAGCAGACCGACAUCCCCUGGCGCCUCAAGCAGAUGCUGGACAUCCUGGUGUACGAGGAGAAGCAGCAGCCGGCAGGGGAGGCCGGGCCGUGCUUGGAAUAUCUGCUGCAGCACAAGCUCCUGGAGACCCUCAGCACGCUGGGCAAAGCAGAGUACCCGCCGGGGAUGAGGCAGCAGGUCCUGCUCUUCUUCAGCAGGGUGCUGGGCCAGGUGCAGCAUCCCCUGCUGCACUACCGCAACGUGCACCGGCCCGUGCAGAAGCUGCUGCAGCUGUGCCAUGCCGCGGGCGCCGGCGCGCACGGCGAGGAGGUGCAGUUCGCCGCCGCGCUCUGCGCCAAGGUCCGCCAGGAGCCGGCCCUGCUGCCCUACGUGCUGGAGGGCAAGAGUCUCCUSAAGGGGAAGAUGCCGGCGGAGCUGCCCGCCUGUCCUGGAGAAGAGCAGGGAGAGCAUGAUCCGCAGGGAGCUGCGGCCAAGGACGCCGGGAGCGCGCCGGCGCUGGAGCGCUCCUCGCCGUGCCGGGAGCACAACCUUGUCACCUGCCUGGUGGCGCUCUGCAAGAGCCAGAAGGACCGCGUGGCGCUGAAAGCCCGGGAAAACCUGCUCUCCCUCGUGGCGCUGGCCCAGGAGGUGCCCGCUGCGCAGCUGGUGCAGCGCAGUGCCCUGUGCCCGCUGCUGACGGAGCAUUUGUGCGCRCUGUACAGCGCCGUGCCCGCCAGCACCCACCCCGACGACAUCCUGGCCCUGGAGAGAGUCACCUGGAGGUCGCAGGGAGACACCAGUGGUGCCACCUUCCCGGGCAAGGAGAACCUGGUGGCCUUCUUCRGCUGGCUUGACUUCAUGGACGAGCUUGCACGAAGCGCGCACGCGCUCGUGGCGGACGCGCUCGCCGAGGCUGUGUGCGAGCAGCUCUUCCGCAGCAUCCUGCAGCCGCAGCUGCUGCAGAUGUCCGAGCUGGCCGUGCUGCGCGCCACGGCCGCGCUGGCGGGUGCCGUGCGGCAUGUGCGGGCGCCCGCGCUGCUCGGCGCCCUGGUGCUCUUCGUGCUGGGCCCGGAGCGGCAGCCCGAAGCGCCCGGGGCCCGCGGCGCCCGCCUGCGCGCCCAGCUCAUCGAGCGCUGCAACCACCUCUCCGACGAGGUGAGCCUGGUCACCCUGCGGCUCUUCGAGGAGCUCCUGCGCGCGCCCCACGAGCACGUGCCCCACAACCUGGCGCUCCGCAACCUGGAGGCGCGCGGCUACGCGCAGCGCGGCCCCGACGAGCACGGCGCCCGCGAGCCCGAGCCAGACGAGGACGCGCCGGAGCUCGAGGAGGAUCCCUAUUUCCCCGACGGAUUCCCGGGGGAGCCGGAGGCACCUCCGCCGAGCACACGGCGCGGACAGGCGCGUGCCGAGGGGCCCGGGCGGGUGGAUGAGGUGGUGAGCAGCUUCCUGUGCCUGGUGCCUGAAGAGGCCAAGACCUCGUCGUGCACCGGGCAGGGCGGCUACGACACCUACGUGCACGACGCGCUGGCCAUGGUGCAGGCGGCCCGGGCCAGCGCGGCCGCGUGGGGGUGGCCGGCGGCGCCGCGGCCGCUCGGCCRAGGGCCCCCCGAGACGCCCUUCUACGAGGGUCGCUUCCUCGAGGUGCUCUUCGAGCGCAUGAGCCACGUCCUGGACCAGCCCUACAGCCUCAACCUGCAGGUGACAUCGGUGCUGUCUCGCCUGGCCGCCUUCCCGCACCCCCACCUGCACGAGUACCUGCUGGACCCCUACGUGGACCUGGCCCCUGGCUGCCGCUCGCUCUUCUCUGUGCUCGUGCGGGUCAUCGGGGACCUCAUGCAGCGGAUCCAGCGCGUGCCGCAGUUCAGGGCCAAGCUGCUGCUGGUGCGACGGCAGCUCCUGGGACUGGUGCCCGGAGAGGAGCUGCAGCACGCCACGCUGCUCAAGGGCGUCGUGGUGCUGGAGGAGUUCUGCAAGGAGCUCGCGGCCAUCGCGCUGGUGAAGGGCCCGCUGGAGGGACCCUCCUGAGCCCGCCCGGCGCCCGCUCCCCUGCUCGG